UGAUGCACAAAGAAAGCGCUGCUCAGUCUCUGGUGUUCUUUGACUUGGAGACGACUGGAUUGGGUCCGCGGUGUGAGAUCGUCCAGCUGGCUGCGGUCAGCGGCCUCCACUCCCUGAACCUCUACAUCCGCCCCCGGUGCCCGGUGCAGCCGGCAGCAGCCAGGGUCACCGGUUUCACGGUCCGCGGCCGGAGGCUGUACCUGCACCGCCGGCUGCUGCUCACCAACUCCCUCAGAGAGGUGCUGGUCUCCUUCAUAGCCUUCCUCCAGAUGCUCGGACGCCCUCUGCUCGUCGGACACAACAUCCGCCGCUUCGACUGUCCGGUGCUGGUUCGGUCGCUCGACGAGGUGCAGCUUAGAGCCCACUUCGAGGCCUCUGUUUCCGGCUGUGUGGACACUCUGCCGCUGGCACGGGAGCUGCUGAGGGACCGCUGCCUCCGGAGCUUUGGGCAGGAGAACCUGGUCAGGGAGCUGCUGGGGCUCAACUACAAGGCCCAUGAUGCUUUGGAGGACGUGCGUGCAUUACAGACGCUGUAUGGGUUUCUGCAGCCCACGCCAGAGGUGAUCAGUAGGCACAAGUUUACUGUGGACACACUGAGGUGCAAACCAGCUGACAGCGUCCUGCAGGUUCCCUGGAGGUCAGUGAAGGUCACAGAGGAGCCUGAGGGACAACCUGAUGCACUUUGACUCCAACUAUUAUUAUAAAACUGACACUUUGUACAAAUGCUGUAAAUGGACACACAUUAAAAGUACACUGCUUUUGACAGUGUGAGCAGAGAAGAACUUUGUGGCACUUUUCUUCAGACAAACUGUGAAGCCUCAGUCUCCAGCAGCACUGUAGCAGCUGGUGGAUCAAAUGACUGAGUGUAAAAGCACCUCACAUCCUUAACAGUUUUCAGUUAUGCAAAUAGAAAACAGACACAUUGGAGGUGCUAAGCAAGCUGAGAGGUUGAAAGGUGAGGGAAGCUGCAGCACAUCUGGAAGUCACUCAUUGCUACUAAGGAGUUCUUUUCGGAUGUGAUUAUUCUGCUCAAGAGGCAGUUGCACAGUUGUUAUACUUUUAUUUUAUUGCACAUGAUGACUCAAGGUGUUUGGAUCCGUUGCAGUUGGUUACUUUUGGCUGUGGAGUUAUCAGAUAGCUGUAAAAGUCCACUAUUUUUUUGUCUUUCUGUGUCAGAACCAACAAACAGCCACACUGUGUUUCCACUGUAAGUCUGGAUUAAUUAAAACCAGAUCCAGAUGUCUGUCAAUGGCAUUAUAAAUGGUCAAAAUGUUGGUUUCGAAAUGCGUUCUGUUCUAGUCUGGACAAAGCAUUCUGUCAGUCACCACUAUAUUUACAUGUUUUAUUUAAAGCAAAUAAAUGUAUUGUAUUUUUA